AUGGCCCACGCAAAAGCCCAAGACGAGCUUCAGAAGCGUUACGAAGAAGGAUCCCAGUCUCUGGAAGAUCCCGAGGUGGAGCACAUGAUCGCCCAAGCGGAUGAGAUGAUGGGAAAACCGGCACGCGGGCUGAUUGCACAAGCAGGGCUAGAUCAUUCAACCACUACGAACUUUAGUCUUCUUGACCAUGGGUGUGGCACAGGUCUGAUCGCAUCUUGUCUUCAGGAAGUGAUCCAGCCGUCGGUCCUGUCAAAGAGCAGGAUUUUAUGUGCCGAUAAAAAUGCGCGGUUCGUUGAUAUUCUCCUGCAGCGCGCGCGGAGAGACCAAUGGAUUAACGUCGACGCCACCGUCCUGGACGCUCAAGACUCAGGUCUUCCCAAGCAUUCAUUCAGUCAUGUAACCAUCAAUUUCGCCAUGCAUAUCAUCCCUGACCCGGCAGCAGUCCUGCGCGAUCCGAUGCCAGUUGCCCUUCACGGUAAGCAGGAAUGGGUAGAGCCUGAAAGCAUUGAAGCGGAGCUGGUCCGUCACGGCUUCGUUGAUGUCAAGAUCGAGACUGUUGAUUCCAUCCAUCCCGUUGCCAAUGCCGAGGGCUUUUUAGCUUCGUUUGGAAUGAUGGUUAAGUGGAUAAUCAACACGUAUUGGACCAUGGAGCAGAAGGAGCAGUAUCAAGAUGAUUUCUAUAAGGUUUUGGUCGAGCAUCUUCGGAUUAAACAUGGUGGGAAAGGCUGGAAUCUCAAAUCAACAGCUAUAAUUGUUACGGCCCGGACGCUGCAGUAG